GGAAACCGACGCGCGGCGUAUCAAAACCGCAGCCCCGGACACGUUGACCAGCCCAGAAGCGGCGGCGGAGGAGAAGAAGAAAAAGAAGAAGAAGAAGAGGCGGCCUCUUCAUAGGAGAAUACUAAUCUGAUUUAUCCUUAUUUAUUAGCUGGACUAACGUUGCUUCGUGUGCCGGUUUGUCCAGUAAUCUGCCACAGACGUUACAUAAGUUCGACAUAACGGUCGGAGAUGAGACGUUACAGCGCAACGGCUCUCUAAUCGAAUGCGCUGGAACGGGCUUCGGCGCUGGAAGGGCGACACGAGCAGAGCGCGAGCUGAAUACGUUGACGUGCACGCGCUCCGCCAGGUUUACGGGUAAUUCAUUCAAACUAGCUUAGUUAGCUCGAGCCCGAUGCUGGAGUCACUGCUGUGUGUGCGCGUUUGAUUUAAGUUAGCUAGGCGGCUAACCGGGGACGGGGGGACGGGGACGCUGCCGCUGCCGAUGAGCCCGUGUGCGUAGCGGAAUGAUGAGCAGAAGAAGCCACCACCAGACAGACACUAAAGGCUCACAUUAAUUGUUGAAACCACAUUUAAUAAUUGGACUGCGUGGUUGGGCCCUGCUAUCAUUCAUAUUAACAAAAAAACAAAAAAAAACCCUGUCCUGGACGCGAAGAAUGGGCCCAUGUCUUAAUUUGGAAAACAAAGAAUUAGGCUACUGAAGAGGGGUAAGCUGGUUAGAUAAGCUUGUUUUAGCGUGUUUAAGCUGUCUGGACUGUACUGCUCCCUCUGCCCCUUCAAUUGGAGUAUUUUUGUUGCAUAUUUUUGUGUCUGUGCCGCACCACAAUGAGCAGUCACAGCGGGGACGCCGGGCCGGUCGAGGUGGAGCCCAUGCCGGGAUACUUGGACCUCGUCUCCAGAGCCUCCACCGUGAUGCUGGGUGCGUGGAGGGACUGUAGCUCGUGUGGUCUGGAGCUCUCCAAACGGACCCUCCUGGAUAACGCGUACAUUACCUGGACCGAAAUCGCCCUGUUCCUCUUUUGCGCCUUUUUGUGGACGCAGGUCAGGCGGGGACUGACAGAAAGUCUGUUUCAGCCUCUAGCACAGUGGUGCAGGCUGCUGCCCAAAGAUGCUGCCAAGAUGCCGGAGAGUGCGUGGAAGCUGGUCUUCUACACCAUGUCGUGGUCAUACAGCACCUACCUGCUUUUCUUCACCUCCUACUCCUUUUUCCAUGACCCGCCCUCUGUCUUCUACAACUGGCAGAGUGGUAUGUCAGUGCCUGCAGACAUCGCCAUAGCCUACCUGAUCCAGGGCAGCUUCUACGGCCACUCCAUCUAUGCUACUGUCUACAUGGACGCGUGGAGGAAGGACUCAGCUGUGAUGGUAGUUCACCACAUCAUCACGCUGGCACUCAUCAGCUUCUCCUACGCCUUCAGAUACCACAACGUUGGGAUUCUGGUGUUGUUCCUCCACGACAUCAACGACAUCCAGCUGGAGUUCACCAAGCUUAACAUCUACCUGAAGUCCAGAGGAGGAGGCUAUCACCUGCUCAACGACGUGCUGUCCAACACGGGCUCCGUCAGCUUCAGCAUCACCUGGUUCUGGUUCCGUCUCUACUGGUUCCCUCUCAAAGUGCUGUACGCCACAUGUGUGUCCAGCCUCCAGUCCGUCCCCAACAUCCCCUUCUACUUCUUCUUCAACACUCUUCUCCUGGCGCUGCUGCUCAUGAACAUCUACUGGUUCUUAUUCAUUGUGGUUUUUGUAGUAAAGGUGCUAAAGGUGAAGGAGGUGAAUGACGUCAGGGAGUACGAGGACGAGGACGGCACCAAGGCGGCAGCCGGACUGCUCAGAAAACCUCGGGCAGAGAACAACGACGAUGAUGCUGGACAUCACAACUCUGCCCAGGGGAAGCACGUGCAGAACGGGGUCACCAAAGAGAAGCACCUAUAACAGGCUCUCCGUCGCCACCACCUGGCAAUGGGCAACAAGUACAAGCAAGACAAGACGCCCUACUCAGACGGCUCACGCUCAAAAAAUGUUGGCUGAAGAGAAGAGUGUCACCAAAAGAAAAAAAAGGGAGGAAAAUAGCAAAUUGGGCUGCAGUUGGUUUUUACUCUUUUUAUUUGUUUUAGAACAUUUCAUUUCAUCGCUGUCAUUUUUGUUUUUGUUUUUAUUAGAGCACUGUGAAUGUUUUUUCUUAGUCUUAUUGUUGCUAACUUUACAUUUGAUAGAUUCAGUAUAAAAGCAGUUUGAGUGAGAGUUGGACUGUGAUUGUCGCGUACAGUAAGUUCAGGGUGUCGUGAUCAUCACCGUCGCCCAGACAAGGAGACGUUUAUAGGCCUGUAGCGGUUCUUUAGACAUUUAGACCAACAGUAACCUUUAGCAACCUGGUAAAC